CUUCCCUUCCUGCUCUUUGUUUUCUUUCUUCCCUCCUUGCUCUUGCUCUUUGAUGAUUGGUUGGCAACUGCAUCUUAGGAUUUGUUUUUUUCCAUUUCUUUAUUUGCCCUGCUCCGGUCCUGUUGGUGAUUCUUUACCUGUUUUCUAUGUGAGAUGGCAAGCAUUCCUUUGUUCUUUUGGGCCACUGGAUUGGUUGUGACUUCUUUAACCCCUUGCCUUAUCCUGAACUUGCUCUGCUCAUUUUCUAUCAGGCCAGCAAUGGCAAACGGGUUGGCAAGAGCAAGGUAUAGAGAGAGAUGUGCUAACCCAUGAACUGCUCUUAUGCAUGCGACAGCCAUAAGCAUUGCUAUUAGGGUUUCAUGCAGGGCAAAGCAGCCUGUUUCCGACGCCUGAUAGCCUCCGGAAUCUGCGAGAUCUCCACGAGCAGCGUCGUCGGAUAAGGCAGCCGGCACGGCAAUGCCGGUUCCCCUUGCCCCGUAUCCAACUCCUCCGGUGCCAUUCACACCCCCCAAUGGGGCCCAAAGCCAGCUUGUCUGCACCGGGUGCCGGAAUCUUCUCAUGUAUCCAGCUGGUGCGACGUCUGUCUGCUGUGCAGUUUGCAGCACCGUCACCGCCGUGCCGGCUCCGGGAACUGAGAUGGCACAGCUAGUUUGCGGAGGAUGCCACACUCUCCUGAUGUACAUACGUGGCGCGACAAGUGUACAAUGUUCUUGCUGCCACACUGUUAACCUGGCUAUGGAAGCGAAUCAAGUCGCGCAUGUAAACUGCGGGAACUGCCGUAUGCUGCUUAUGUACCAGUAUGGCGCUAGGUCUGUGAAAUGUGCAGUCUGCAAUUUUGUGACAUCAGUUGGGGCCUCACCUGGUGCAGAGCAGAAGCCCAGCAGCUGAUGUUCCUGAAAAUACUGAGAUCACCUAUGAAGGCAGCUUCUGAAAAGGAUGCUUUGAGUGCACAUGUAUAGAGUUCUUCCCUGAAGCAAUUUUUUCCCCUCCUUUAUCUCCAUUCUUCCUAUCCAUUCUGCGUUCCUUCGAUGGACCUGGCGAGACCGCGGAAUAAUGAGAGUUUUGGGAAAUAACUAGUGCUCAACUUCGUCGACUUGUCUGUAAAACUGAAUGAGACAUAUACAUAAACCUAUGGUGUUUUCUGUGUUUCUGAAUUUCUGAAUGUUCCUUCUGACUGCA